UAUUCGCUAACUUGUGAAGGCAUGUCUGGGACAGCCAUGGGCAGGUAGAAAACCCAGUGGGCGGGUCUGCUAACAGUAUAUAAAGGUGAUGGUGUAAGUGAGACUAACACUUCUUGCUUCUGCAUUGGAGCUGAAGUCUGAAGCUAUCUCACAUAUUACAUUGUGUGAGAAUCAUGAUGAGGAAAAGGACACCAGUUGCAAACAUGGAUCUCAGCAAGAAGAAGUCUACUGAUGGACUUGAAGCAAAGAGUUCUACACAUAAACGAGGUGUCACAGAUUCGGCUACUGAUGGUCCAGCAAAGAGACUGAGAACAAACCCGCCAAAAGUGGAGCCCUUUUACACCCUCGGGGUCAAAGAGGAGGAGGUCGCUCAGCCGUCUACUUCCAAGGCUUCAACUGGUGUAAUAAACAAGAUAUUGUACUUCUACAGAGGGGAGUACAUUGCUGUCAGGAAUGAUGAAGGCUCAUUUUACCUUUGUGAGGCAUCUCAAAACAUCUACAACACCUCCAAGACCUUUAAGGUCCGAUGGCUGGAGAUAGAAGAUGCACCAAACAUCUACCGAAAAUCUUACUAUGACAACAUUGAGCUGGAGUCCAUCAUUACUCAUGUCAAACUUCAGCGAAUGGAAAAGGACAAGUAUGUCCUGCCACAGGCAGAAAUCCUUAAGACACAGAAGAUUCUGCGGCGGGCAAUCAUAGGGAUUGCUGAGGAUGAUGACGAUGUAGUCAUGGAUGUUAAAGAAGAAGAAGAAGAUGAGACUGUUGCUCCAAAAAAGACUCGUGUCAAGGCCAAGUUGAAGGCUAAGAAAACCAAGGCACCCAUCCGGGCUAGAUCGAAGAAAGUGGCACCCCCUGUUGUGAAAAGAGGAAAGGCAGCUGUGAAGAGGGCCAUAGCCAAAGUUACCAAGAAGGGAAAAAGUGCUGCCAAGAAAGGAAAAUCCAGCAAAGCUCCUGUAAAAAUGACAGCUGCCAUGAUAAAAGAGGAGUUGUUGAAGAAGCUUGGUAAGGGAGGACCUCUGCAGGGUCCUGAUAAAAAGUUGACCCCAAGGCCAGACAUGAAGGUGCCAGAAAGGGACCCAUCUUUUGAGGAGAGAUCCACACCACCACAUCUGCUGCCCCACAAGCAGAGUAUCAGAGCUGUCCUUCUCAAUGACAUGAAACUACUGCGAUCUCUUAUUGCAGACACAGAGAACAUUCCAACGGUAUAUGAUGCACAGAGAUCUGUUGACGUGCCGGUAGAUGCAGUAAUGUAUGCCAUCCGCAGCAGGAAUAAGGAGGCCAUCAAGUUGUUUGGAGACUACCUGAAGAAGACUCAGGAGCCUCGUUGCAGCAGACCAUACAGCCUUCUCAAACACCAGGAGACUGGCAGAUAUAACUGGUACUCCCUUGGUCAUGCUGUACGGAACAUUUCUAUGAGCAGAGGAAGUAAGGAAGGGAACAAUGCUUUCACAAAGGACAUUGAUGAUGCUAUAGACGAUUAUACUCAGACGUAUGCAAAAGAGCUUUUGAAGACAGGAGGACCAAAAGAUCUUCUAGACAUCUGCAUCACUGUAAUACCAGGCUUCAAGGAUGAACUGUUUGACAACAUCCAUCUAGCAAUCCGAGCAGGCCACAGGAAGCUAGCUGGGAAACUGAUAGAGAUGGCAGAAAAGGGAGGAGGCUAUGGCUUCAACCAGCUACAUAAGGAGGUUCUGCUGUUUGAUAAACAGGAGCUGACCACCUUCAGGGCUGUGUCUGUGAAAAAGAAGCCGUAUGGAAACCAAGUGAUAACACCUCUGCACUGUGCAGCCAUCAACCCAAACCCCAAGUACCUCCAGAAGCUGUUGGCUGUAUGUCCUGAGUUUGGCUUGACGGACAGGACUGGAAGGAAACCUAUUCAUUAUGCUGCUGCAUGUGAGGGUUCAGGACCACUGGAAUUCCUGUUGUCAAGGGGAAUGUCUGCAGAGGAUGGAGACAACCAAGCAAACACUGCCCUGGUGAUUGCAGCAGAAAAUGGACGUGCAAACAAUGUUGAUCUGAUCUUAAAGAAACUCAAAGCACAAGCUAAAGAUGCUGGAGAUGAUACAGAUGCAAAGGCAGCCUACAUCAGCCUGAUACAGCGGGCUAACAGACAGAGCUUUGCAGCUAUCCACCUGGCAGCUCAGGGGGGACAUGGGAAUGUAGCGAAGAUUCUUCACAAACAUGGAGCAAACCUGGACCAGCCCCUGAGUGCAGGCAAGAACAAGAUGACUCCCCUGAUGCUGGCUUCAGCCCAGGGACACCUGGGGACAGUGAAGGUGCUGGUGGAGAUAGGAGCAACCGUUGAGAAAAGAGACAAGCUGAAGCGUACAGCUCUGACCCAUGCUGCCAUGAAUGGUCACUACCCUGUCAUGGCCUUCCUCCUGCGGAUGGGAGCUGACCCCAACAGUGUGGACACCUCUGGGAACAGUGUGGCCCACUAUGCUGCUGGAUAUGGGUGGUGGCACUGCCUGAAGCUGCUGCUGAAGGUUGGAGCUGAUCCCAACAAGCCCAACGACUGGAAGGUAACACCUGUAGGUAUCGCAGUCCUGAAGGGAAAUGCAGACUGUGCUGACCUGCUGUUGGACCUCAAGGGUCCAGAUGGCCAGCCACUCGCUGAUGUCAACUUUAAAGAUGAAAAAGGUUUGACGUUGGUUGCAAUGCUGGCGGCCAGUCCGCUGUCCACCGGCCUGCCCCAGCAGAUCCGCUACCUGAUCAAGAGGAACGCUGACAUCACCAUCCCUGAUCUGGAGGGGUGGACGCCGCUCCACUACCUGGCCCAGAAUCCCAUUAAGGCAACAUCGUACCGGUAUAAUGUUAGAGCAGAGGUUGACAAGAGCAAAGCCGACAUGAGCCUGGAGAUUGCUAACAUUCUACUGGACAAGGGUGCAGAUCCGUCUGUCACCACAGCAAGUGGAAAGACACCCAUCAUGUUGGCUAUUGAACAGUUCAACGUGGGGUUAGUUCGUCUGUUGGUUAAGCAAGGAGGAACCAUAUCAGCAUCCAGUGCCACUGAGGACAAGGACACCACCCUUCACCUGCUGGCCAAGAACUGUAUGCUUGAGGACCUGACUGAAAUUCUCAAGAUCCUUGUUGAACAGGGUGAUGAAGUGAAGGCAGCCCUUAUAUCUCAGGCCACCCAGGUGAACAACCAGGGCUGCACACCUCUCCUCACCUGCACACAGGCUUAUGCAGAGUUUGAGUCCCGUGGAAUGAAGGACGAGGCCCAAAGGAAGGCCUAUGAAAAUGGAAGAACUAUGAUGCAGAUGCUGAUAGACCUGUGUGGAAGUGACAUCGAUGCACAGGUCCAAGGGGAGAAGUCCAAGAAAGAGAAUGAGAGUGCUGCUGCUGUGCACUUCAUGGUGAAGGCCAACGAUCCUCUUGCCAAGAUUGAUGGAGAUUGGUCAGAAGCUCCGGGGCUACAGACAUUGCUGAAGUACAAACCUAAGCUGGAUGUCGUUGACAAGAAGGGGCGGUCACCUCUAGUGAGAGCCAUCUUACAGAAGAAGACAAAGUGCAUAGAACUGUUGGUGGACUCAGGUGCAAAUAUCAACAUGAGAUCCUUAGAUAUGAAAGAGGAUGGUAUGGCCUACCCAGUACUGCUGGCCACAAGGCAGAAGCUACAGGGUGUGGUCGCCAUGUUGGCCAAGAAGGGGGCAGACAUCAACAGUGUAGAUGAGAGGGACAAGAGAACUGCCUUGCAUGUUGCCGUAUCUGGAUCCACAAUUACGGAGGUGGAAUUUGCUUUUCUGGACACACUGCUUGAUGCUGGAGCCGAUGUGGAUGCAGUGGAUGAGAAACAGAGGACCCCUCUGCACAUUGCAGUCAAUGCCAAUAGUGGGAGCACAGAUUCUACAGCUGAGGUUGAAGAAAAGUUGUUGGAAAAAGGAGCUAAACCAGACACGAGGGACAUCAGAGGCCGGAUACCUCUGCACUAUGCAUUUGUGAAGAUCAAAGA